CAAGGUUCAGUGUCAAGGUAGCAUUCGCAGAAGUAACAACCAUUAGCUUUUUCUCUUCCUCCCUUUGCUAAAGGAAAAUGAUUCAGGAAUGAAGAAGAGAACAAUACGGAUAAAGAGAGAGUACUUGAAAGGUUUCUUAGAGAAAGCAAGAGACAAGGUCAUAAUUUUUUUUCUGCAUUUUUUAACCUUUCUCUGACAUUUUCUGAAGGACAGACGGAAUUGUUGAGCAGGAUGGAGCAGCUUAACAAGGCCAAUGCAUGUGACACGACCUCAGGCUCCAUGUCACCUCGUGUCACAACUACGGAUGCCAGUCUGGAGGGAUCUACUGUUUCCUCGAGUGUGCCUGACUAUGCCUUGUGUAGUGAGGAUGAUAGUGAAGAGCAAUUGCGUGAAAACCCUGAAUGCAUGCUGUUACUUUCACCUACUAUUCCUCGCAAGGUUCCUGCUCACAAGUUUUCUCUCACCCCUAAACCAAAAGAUGCGCUAAUAAAAAAGUAUCAAGCAGAAGUGGAGGAUGAGAUAAAGAUGGAUUUAACAACACCACAUACAUCAAUCAAUAUUGCUCUUGAUUGUCCUGAUUGCUUGCCUAAUUUAACCUUCAGUGCAUAUGUUUUUGUCCAUGACUUGCCUGCUGUGAGGUACUAG